CAUGAUCUAGACAGAAGUAUUUGACCAUUGCAAGGUGUUUCCCACGUGAACACCACAUUUUGAAUAUGCCAACCAAAACAAUGACAUAUGAUAUAAAGAUGACACAUAUGCACCAUAGUGUAUAAGCUUUAGAAGGUUAAUAUAAAUUAUUAACAACAAUGAAAAACCUAAGCGUGACAUAGCAUUGGAGAAAUAUAUUAAAUCAAUCAUUUAUUCAUUUGGAUGAAAAAAGCACACACCUCCCUGUUGCCAUGCACUGUGAAUGUGUGUGUCUGUGUCUGUAUGUACCCACAUCUUUCAUUUAAAAUCUUGAGCAAACACACAAAGAGCAGGCGGAGGCUGUAUCUGCUGACGUACAGCCAGUGGCUGUGAGCGAGAAUCCGUUUGCUCCGAGCCUCUGAAUCACACAGCAUCUCUACAGAAGCAUCUCCAACAAACAGAAGAGCAGCAGAGGAUUUUGAAAACAAACAAUUGUAGAACUGCAACAUUUAUUAACUACACCUUCAGCUUUAAGAUUCCUCUAUUUUUAUUUAUUCCAUUAUCUGAAUCUUUUUUUUUCUUUUUUUUUUACUCUUUAUAAUUUUUCAGCUUUAUUUUAUUUUUUUGUUUCCUCCGUAAUUUCCAUCCCUCAUCUGCUAUAUGUUCUUCCCCAUAUAUUUAUCUUAAAAAAAUCCUGAUGAACGACUCAUACCUGCAGUUUCUUGAAAGGCAGAAACCUGCAAACAGCACGUCUUUGCCUCCUAAUGGCAGCACCGUUGAUCCUCCAGCAGGGGCACUGUGCGAGCAGGUUCAGAUCCAGGCAGAGGUUUUUCUCACCUUGGGUAUUGUGAGUCUUCUGGAGAACAUCCUUGUCAUCUUGGCCGUGGUCAAGAACAAGAACCUUCACUCUCCGAUGUAUUUUUUCCUGUGCAGCCUGGCUGCCGCGGACAUGUUGGUGAGUGUUUCGAACUCUUUGGAGACCAUUGUCAUUGCCAUACUAAGCAGUCACCUUUUGGUGGCCAGUGACCAUUUUGUGCGUUUGAUGGACAAUGUGUUUGAUUCAAUGAUCUGUAUUUCUCUCGUGGCAUCAAUCUGCAACCUCUUGGCGAUUGCCAUCGACCGCUACGUCACGAUUUUCUACGCCUUACGCUACCACAGCAUAGUUACCGUACGCAGAGCGCUGGUGGCCAUCGCUGCGAUCUGGUUGGUGUGUGUGGUUUGUGGGAUCGUCUUCAUAGUGUACUCCGAGAGCAAGACCGUGAUUGUUUGUCUGAUCACAAUGUUCUUUGCCAUGCUGGUGCUCAUGGCCACUCUCUACGUACACAUGUUUCUUCUCGCCAGACUUCACGUCCAGAGAAUCGCAGCAUUACCCCCAGCGGCUGCCGGUAACCCAGCCCCACGUCAACGCAGCUGUAUGAAGGGAGCCGUGACCAUCUCCAUCCUCCUCGGUGUGUUUGUGUGCUGCUGGGCACCAUUUUUCCUCCACCUCAUUCUGCUGGUGUCCUGUCCACACCAUCCGCUCUGCCUCUGCUACAUGUCUCACUUCACCACGUACCUGGUCCUCAUUAUGUGCAACUCUGUGAUUGACCCCCUCAUCUACGCCUGCCGCAGUCUGGAAAUGAGGAAGACCUUUAAGGAGAUACUGUGCUGUUUUGGCUGUCCGCCUCCACUUUAGACGGAUUUGAUAGGAGACUGAAUGUACAAAGAAAAAGUUUAUCUUGAUGUAAGAUGCCAAAGCAUGGUGGUCAUAAUGAGGUUACAUAUCAAGAGAUAAGACAAAUGCAGACUCGUAGCACUCAGAAAAAAAAAAUGGAAAUUUGCUGAGCACAAAAAGGAUUUGGAAAGCACAGAUGCUGCAAGAAAAUUAGAGAACUGGGGAUGGAUCGAAUGUGACCUAUCGCUUGCUGAAAGGGCAAAUCAAUUAUGUGUUAGUUGUGUCUAUUAUGUGCAUUCAUUAUGCAGUGGGGUCUGACAGUAUGAAAUUACACUGAAAAUCUAGAAUUUAAAAUCUCAUUAAAUCAAUUGACAGUUUUAGGAUUUAAGAUAAGAAAAAAAUGUGUUAAAGAGAUGAUUAACAUUAAAAUUAAAUACUUGAAUUGCUGCAUUAUUUCUAAUUGCCAAUUCAAAUAAGUAAAUUAGUGUCACUCAUCGUUUGACAUUUUCAGAAGACAUUUUGGCAAAUCGGUGGUGAAUUUGUAUGAUCUUGUUUGUACAUUUACAUAUUAUCUGCUUAUGGCCCACUGAUGGUUAUGUUUAUGGGUGGAUAUUACCAGAAAUAUGUUGUACCAAUCAAAUAAUAAAAAAAAUCAAGUUUGCCAAAACCGUUAUCUCUUUGGAUCAUUUAAAUGUAUACUGGAUCACAUCAUACCGAGUUCUAUACAAACUUGUGGAGUUCAUGCAAACUCAAAUACUGAUGUCAUUAAUGCAAAUGAACAAACAGAAUAAUAAAAUAGAUCAUUGGAAAAUCAUGUUUUUUUUUUCAUUUUCACUUUUGAUUCAAAUUAUUAGGCUUAUAAAGUGAAUGCAAAAAAGAAAAAAAAUGUAACUAGUGGUCUCAUACUUCUAGACCCCACUGUACCAUAUGUUAAAAAUGUGGAGGCUAUAUAGUUUGGUUAAGUUUCAGUGUUUCCUUUAGUGACCGUGUUCGAGCCAUUUUGGUGUGUAAAUGAAUCUGCUCAAAAGCUGCUGAAGUGGAAUCUUACUAACAGUCUGUGGUGAAACUCGCUUGCUGACAUCAAAAACAGAGCACUUAGCAUCUGUCUGUCUUUUUGAGGUGUCACUAACUUUGUUGCUUUUCAUAGUUGUCAGAAUCAGAUUCAGCUUGGAUUGUCUCCAGUUAGCAACAUUAUGCAGUCAAUCCCAGUCCAAAAGCUGCAGUCAUCAUGUGUGGAUCAUUUAGCUGUCAAAGUCUCAAAUUUCUCUAUUUUUGCCUUUCAGUGGUGGAAUGUAACUGGGAUCUCACAAUUUAUUUAUUUAUUUAUUUUUGUCAGAGAUUUAAGACCGCAGUAUACAACUAAACAUGUCAGUUCCAACACCAAAUAGCCCUCUCUUUUUUUUGGAAAGAGAGAGGCAGAUAAGAUAAGACCACAAACCAAUAUUUGAACUUGGAUCACCCAAAGUACAACUUAAACACGUUGGCUCUGACUAUCCCUCUUUUUCCGUCAAUCAGCAACAUAGUUUAUAUUUUUUAUGUGUCUAGUGGUUUAAAUUUGAUACCCUGCCUAUUUGGCUGACCUGCAUUGAGUCUCACUGCAAUCUUAUUAGGACUUUGCUUGCACUCUAAGAACACUAUUAGUGCAUGAGCUUUAGCAAUUGACUUGUAUUUGUGGCCACAA